UCUUCUUCUUCAAUCCCUCCUCCCUCUUUCUCUCUCCUCUGUAUGCAUAACGACCUCACUUUUCUGUCCCUCUCUUUGCACAGAGAGAGAGAGAGAGAGAGAGAGAGAAAGAAAGAGAGAGAAAUGCAGAACCUGUGAAGUUUCUCCUAUGGUUUUUUGUUUAAUAAUAUGAGUUUUGGCGAAAAGUUGAAGAUAGUUCAAGCAUCGAAGUUCCUAACAGUUUUACAAUUUCUUAUUUUCCGGAGGGCGAAGAGAAGCAGAUUUGGAAUUUCAUAAUUAAAGGUGGCUAGGUUUUCUCAACAUUGAGUAGCAAAAAUUUGUGCUGCUUCUCCACAUUAAUUAAGGAUUUCCUCCUAGCGCUUGAUCAUGGGAAACAAUGAAGAGGGGAAAUCCUCUAAUCCUGAUAAAUCAUCUUCACCUGGACCAUUGGAUCAGACCAAUGUUCAUGUCUAUCCUGAUUGGGCGGCCAUGCAGGCGUAUUAUGGUCCUCGAGUUGCUCUUCCACCAUAUUAUAACUCAGCCGUGGCAUCUGGUCAUGCACCUCAUCCAUACAUGUGGGGCCCACCACAGCCUAUGAUGCCACCUUAUGGAGCACCUUAUGCGGCAGUGUACUCUCAUGGAGGAGUCUAUGCACAUCCAACAGUUCCAAUUGGAUUGCAUCCUCAUGUUCCUGGUGUUCCAUCAUCACCCGCUUCUGCAACACCCGUGAAUGUAGAAACACCUACAAAAUCUGCUGGAAAUACAGAUAGAGGUUUAAUAAAGAAGUUGAAAAGAUUUGAUGGACUUGCCAUGUCAAUAGGCAAUGGAAGUAGUAAUGGAGAUAGUGCUGACGGCGGGAGCCAGAGGCUAUCUCAGAGUGUGGAGACUGAAGGUUCUAGUGAUGGAAGUGAUGGAAAUACGGCUGGGGGAAGGAAAAGGUGUUGUGAGGGGCCACCAAAUACUGGUGGAGAAGUGAGAACUGAAAUGCAGGCCAGUUCUGUUCCCACUGGGGAGAAGAAUGCGACGUCUGAUAAGGUAUUGGGUGCUGCUGUUGUUUCUUCUGGAAUUUUGGGAAAAUCUGAGGGACCUGUAGUUUCUCCCAGAAUGAGCGCACUUGGGAAGCCUCCUGUAAAUGCUGCUAAGACAGGUGUAACUAGCAUUCCACAACCUUGUCAAGUUCUGCCUUCUGAAGCUUGGUUUCAGAAUGAGCGGCAGCUGAAACGUGAGAGGAGGAAACAGUCAAAUCGAGAAUCUGCCAGAAGGUCAAGAUUGAGGAAGCAGGCUGAGACUGAAGAACUUGCUCAUAAAGUUGAAUCCUUGACCUCCGAAAAUAUGGCACUUAAAUCUGAAAUAAAUCAAUUGACUGAGAAAUCGGAGAAAUUAAGGCUGGAAAAUGCAGCAUUACUGUGGUUGAAUGUACAGGAGAAGCUAAAAAAUUCACAUGUAGGACAUGCACACGAGAUUAUCUUGAACAGCAGUAACGAGCAGAGGGCCACAGUUAUUAGUACAGAGAACCUGCUGUCAAGAGUCAAUAGUUCUGCCUCUGUUGAUAGAAACAGUGGGGAAGAGAGGGAGCUGUAUGAGAGAAACUCAAACUCGGGGGCCAAGCUGCAUCAACUGUUGGGUGCGAGUCCAAGGGCUGAUGCCGUGGCCGCUAGCUAACUUUAGAAACUAGUUUGUGAAGAAUCUCUUUUUAUCUAAAAUUUAGAGCAACCAUGUAGUUUUGGCAUAUUACAAGCCCAAAAUUACUUCUAACAUCUAGCAGAGGGAUGGAAUAGCUCAAAACAAUUGGUAUCCAUCUCUUGGACUUUUUAAUCCACUUGCUAGUUAGCCUUCUCAUGGCUCUGGGUGCUGGAAGGGUCACUGUAAAAGGUAGUGUAAAUUGAAAGAGGAUUAGUGAUUUGGUCUAAUAUGCAACUGUUUGUGCUAGUUUUAAUAAUGUAUGCAUCUUAUGACACAUGUAUGAGAAGUCUCAGUGCUUGAGAAUAUGUAAGCUUACCGAUUUAUUGUUGAAAUGUAGAACGCAGUAAUAAAUUUCAGGUGAAUUCAGUCGGUUUUGAUGCGA